AUCUUGCCUGAAGACUGACAAGAUGUCCCUGUGGACUCCCAAACUCUACUCCAGAUGGAGAGAGGUCCUUAACACCAAGAUUUUAAAAGCUACAAUUUCAGGGCAAGAGUAGAAAACUCACAGGGAAAGUCACGGUUGUUUCAAGGUUCUGAAAAGAAGCAGAACAUGAAGGGACUCAGAAGUCUAGCAGCAACAACCUUGGCUCUUUUCCUGGUGUUUUUUUUCCUGGGAAACUCCAGUGGUGCUCCGCAGAGACUGUUGGAGAGAAGGAACUGGACUCCUCAAGCUAUGCUGUAUCUGAAAGGGGCACAGGGUCGGCGCUUCAUCUCCGACCAGAGCCGGAGGAAGGACCUCUCCGACCGGCCACUGCCGGAAAGACGAAGCCCAAAUCCCCGACUACUAACUAUUCCGGAGGCAGCAGCCAUCUUACUGGUGACAGAAGAUGAAGAAAAAAACUUUGAUCAAACCAGCUUCCUGGAAGAUAGUCUGCUAAACUGGUGA